AUGGCAGCCCUGACACUGCGCGGCCGUCGCAUCCACCUCCCUCGAAUACCCGUCUUCCGCGUCUUCUACAGCUUGACGUACACGCUCCUCUACUUCAUCACCCUCGUCUUCCUGGCCAUUACUCCGGUCUCCAUGAGCUAUGCCUCGAUCGAGCAGAAUGCCAUUCAAUACUGUGUCAUGCUGGGAAGCACCUACCUCUUGACUGUCAUCAUUGCCAUCUUCAUAUACAGCAGCAGACUUUACACCAAUAGGUCGGCCAUGUCUGCCGUGGGCAAGGCAUACAUUGCGAUCGAAGAUGGAGAAGUCACCAAGGCAGUGCGCAAGAUGAUCGUCAAACAGCUGCACCGAAGCGCGAUCGUGGCAUGGGAGAGCAGACCGCGGGAUAUGUACGGAGAGAUAAUCGUGGCACAGCAGCACGGUAUCCUGCCUCAGGAAACAGCGAGCGUCGGUAAGAACGAUUACUUGGUUGGCACCGAGAUACGUGUGGAUCCUCAAAACCCUCCAUGGGGAGAUGUGCAGCAUCCAGGCUGGUCAUCGCCAAGUCACUCCGAUAACAACAAAACACCUCAUGUUCAGUUUGACACUGUCAUUGCCGAAAUGCCACAUCUCAUCGAAGCAAGAGCAGUUUCCCUGGCUCCUCCGGAUCCUCUCCUCACUCCUGUCGAAGGCCAACCGCAACCUGCCGACCCACUGAUCGUUGACGCACUGAAGCGCUCGCCAAAUAUGCCAGUGCGCGACUAUCUUACUCAGCUGUCCUUUCUCGGCCUCAUUACACCCAAGGACGGUGCCAGCUUCCUGCCGCAGUAUGAAAAGGCUCGCUUCUCCGGUAAAGCUGUCCCUGUCGAGCAGUUCGACAGUCUCAUGGCUGCUUUUGCGGCGGUUCUGUCCGGUAUGACUUUUAUGGAUCCCACCAUCGUUGAUGAAGUACGCGAACAGACACUGGCAAGAGAGCAAGACGGUGGCCUGCCACUGCCACACUUGACGCUUCCAACUGAGGACCAGCUUCCAGCCUAUCGGACGCCAUCAGACAGACCCACAUCACCACAGUCAAGUCAUGUCACACCAGUGACGGCGCACGAAGGUCGAUCGUCUCGUGCUGUAACACCGUAUUUACAGUCCACUGGUGACAGCGAGGAGAGUCUACCAAGCUCAGUGAUCCACAACACUUCUGAUCAUGCUGGAUGGGAACCACAAGGCGACUCUGACGGUUUGUCCACGCGCUCGUACACCCUACCAAGCGAUGCUGGAAGUGUGAUACAUCACGAAUACGGAUGA